CGUUCAUAAUCUCGUCCGUAUCUUUUUUCAUAUUGGUCAUUGCACUGAAACCUUAUCGCAACAACGUCCAUCCUUAUCGCGGCCUCAUCCAAUCAGGCGUGGCCGAUUGAAGCAUCUCCGCGGAGGUUUGGAUCAUCUCGAACUGAUAACGAUCUGAUCAUCAACCGCCCCUCGAAAUUCUUCUGCCUCUUCUACCUCUUCUUGCAUUAUUUAAACCUGCAUAGCCCUGGAUCGGUCUUGAAUACGGUUGGAUUCAAAGUCGUAUCAAACUUCCAGACUGGAAAGGUCCAGACUGGCAACACCAUGAAAGACUCAAGUGAUACCACACCAGCACCGCUCUUGACGGCCACCAAUGUCGUCUCCCAAACCCAUCUGAUCAUCGGAGCAACCCCCUUGGCUGCUGUGCGCGUAGCUAAGAGUCUCGAGGCUGGCGCACAUCCUAUUCUGAUCGCCCCGGCCACCGAUCGGUUACAGCCCACCCUUGCAGAACGGAUCGACAAUGGCUCCGUGCGGUGGUUCCAGAGAGACUUCGAUGACAGCGACCUGACCACCCUGGGUCGGGAAGAGGUCGACCAUGUCGUCGAUAUGGUCUUUGUCACCCUUGAUGGCAACAAUUCCUUGCGCCCACACAUCUCCAAGCUCUGUCGACGGUUGCGCAUCCCCGUCAACGUCACCGAUGCCCCUGAUCUCUGCACCUUCAGCCUGCUCGCUACUCACACGGACGGGCCCCUUCACGUCGGCAUCACGACAUCCGGGAGAGGCUGCAAGCUGGCAUCCCGUUUACGGCGAGUAGUCGCCUCGUCACUCCCCCCAAAUCUGGGGGCAGCCAUCGACCGGCUGGGCGCCGCGAGACGCCGUCUGUGGGCGGAGGACUACGCCGCCGGGUUGUGCGACGAUCCUCUGGAGGAUGACGAUGAUGAUGCAACGGGCCAGAAACAUACCUUCAACACGCUUGUCACCCCAGACGACGUGACGGCCGCCAAGACCCGGCGCAUGCGCUGGUUGUCCCAAAUCUGCGAGUAUUGGCCGCUUGGGAAACUAGCCAACAUCACCGACGCGGACAUCGAUGCGAUCUUGGAUGCAUACUCGUCGGGGAAAUCGAGUACCGACUUGGCCAGUGACAAUGCAGUCCUCCAACGCCAGGGCAAGAUUAUCCUGGCCGGCUCGGGUCCAGGAGACCCCGAUCUGCUGACCCGCGCCACCCACAACGCCAUCCAAGGGGCAGACCUCAUCCUGGCGGAUAAGCUGGUACCUGCGCCGGUUCUAGAACUGAUCCCGCGCCGCACCGAGGUGCGCAUCGCACGGAAGUUUCCCGGGAACGCGGACCAGGCCCAGGAGGAAUUCCUGCAGAUGGGCCUGGAAGCCCUGCGACAGGGACGUCAGGUGCUACGGCUCAAGCAGGGCGACCCGUAUCUUUACGGACGUGGUGGGGAGGAGUUUGAUUUCUUCCGCGCCCAGGGCUACCCACCCGUGGUGCUUCCGGGCAUCACCAGCGCGCUGAGCGCGUCGCUCUUCGCGGACAUCCCGGCCACGCACCGCGGGGUCGCGGACCAGGUGUUGAUCUGCACCGGUACCGGGCGUAAGGGCGCAGCGCCAGAACCCCCCACCUACGUUUCCACCCAGACGGUGGUGUUCCUCAUGGCGCUGCACCGGCUGUCGGCCCUCAUCGAGUCUCUGGUCACCGUGCCUGAGGGAGCGCGUCCCCGGAUGCCCUGGCCCAAGGACACCCCAUGCGCCAUCAUUGAACGUGCCUCGUGCAGCGACCAGCGCGUGAUCCGGUCUACUUUGGAAGACGUCUGUCUGGCUUUCGAAGCAGAGGGAUCCCGCCCGCCGGGCUUGUUGGUUGUCGGGGCCAGUUGCCACGUGCUGCACCACCCGGGCGAUCAGAAAUGGACGGUCGAGGAGGGGUUCCGGGGACUCGACGAGCUGCGGGUUUUGGACACGGCGGUAACGACACAGGACAGGGAGUAAAGGGCGGUUUUGCUUAUGAUAUAGGUGUUUACGAUUGACGAUCUGCAUGGGUGCAUAUACUGGCCGGGCGUCGGGAGAUUGGAUGGAUGGACUUGAUAGGAGGAGAAUAGCGCUUGUAUUUUGAUGUAUAUAUUUUGGAAAACUAAUACCACACUCAUAGCGCAGCUUGUA